CUCACGAAUUACAUGGACAUGGCAGUGAACAUGGAGUGGACAUGGCCGCGGUGGGCGCGAUAGUGGUGAACACCAACGACGCGUGCUUCUACACGUUCCGCACUAACUCCACGUGCGUAGUGAGUUCACACCGAGUGCCGGUGUUCAAUUUAGCGACGUCGCGCGAUGGAUGGGCAGAACAGAAUCCGAUGGCCUUACUGGAAGCGGUGCGGCAGUGCGUGGACCGGACGGUGACCGCGGGACAGGUGAUGGGCAUACCGGUGGCCACGGUCGGUAUAGCCAACCAUCCGGGCUCAGUGGUCGCGUGGAACAGACGAACGGGGGCCGCGCUUUGCAACCUGAUCCUGUGGUCGGACCACCGGACCGCGACCAUGGUCGAAAGGUACUCGUGGUCCUACGGCAAGUACCGGUUCCAGACAACGUGCGGAUUGCCGUUCAGCACGUGUUUCGCCGCGUUUACGAUCAAGUGGCUCAUCGACAACGACGUGUGCGUUAGCGAGGCCUACAAAAACGGCAAUUGUUAUUUCGGCACCGUGGAUACAUGGUUGUUGUGGAACCUGACCGGCGGCCUGAAAAAUGGAGUGUUUGCCACUGACACAACUAACGCGGCCAACACGUUCCUUAUGAAUAUAAACUCGUUAAGGUGGGACAAAAAACUCCUCAAAUUCUUCGGGAUUACAAUCGACUGUCUGCCGACGAUCAAAAGCAGUUGCAAUGUAUACGGGAGAUUUGCGGAUGGGCCGCUAAAGGACACAAUAAUAUCCGCGGUCAUGGGGAACCGGCAAGCGGCUCUGAUCGGUCACAGAUGCUUCAAGCGUGGGUCGACCAAAAUCACUUUGGACGAUGCCGGUUCUGUGUUUUACGUCACCGACGAGACAAAGAUUUUUUCAGAUAACGGGCUCAUGACAACCAUCGCGUACCAUUUAGACGUGAAGCCUGUGUAUGCGUUGGAGGGUAAGAUCGCUCUGGCCGGCAAAUCAAUCAAAUGGACGAAAAAACAGUUUAACAUCGAAGAUAAAGAUUGUCAAAAGAAAAACCCAUUUUCGAUGUACUUUGUCCCCGCGUUCCACGGCCUGUACGCGCCGCAUUGGCAGCCCAUGGCUCGCUGCGCCCUGGUCGGCAUGAACCAGUACACUUACCGAGAAAGUAUUCUGAAGGCUGCGAUGGAGUCUGUGAGCUUUCAGUCGCAGGACAUCCUGGAAGCGAUGCGGUUGGAUUCGAAGGCACCAUUGGACCAUUUGAAGGUAGACGGGUACCUUUCGACGAACAAGACGAUAAUGCAGUCUUUGUCAAACAUCACUAACGCGCGGGUGGAGGUGGCCACGAACAACGAAAUGGCUGAAUUAGGCGUAGCCAUGGCAGCUGGCUAUACGGCUGAGAUAAAUGUGUGGAAUGCGCUGUGCAUGCCCGAGGACGUAGGUAAGACGUACGAGUCCAAGAUGAAGGUUGACGAGCGCGAGAAGAGGAUUUACGGUUGGAAGAAAGCGCUACGGUCCAGUUUCAACUGGAUCGGGUUUAAGAAGCCAGCAGACUAUUUAUGGACCGUAGCGCCGGUCGCGACGGCAGGGAUAUUAUUAUUAGGAAUGUAUUUGAUAACCAAAUAGUAUUCAAUCGGUGAAUUUAUCACAAGCGUGAAGUUCACCAUUCCCAAGUUGUCACAUUAAUAUCAAACGUACAUAA